AUGGGGGGCGGGAUGAGGAUUUUUGUAUGUCUUGUUUUGGCUGCUGACACUAUGCUAGUUUUUUUGUUAGAAAAUAUGGGCUUACUCUGUAGCAGAAACCGGCGUUAUAAUGAUGCUGAUGCUGAAGAAAAUGCACAGACUGCAGAGAUUGAAAGAAGAAUAGAAUUGGAAACAAAGGCUGAAAAACAUAUUCAAAAACUUCUACUACUUGGAGCUGGAGAGUCAGGAAAGUCCACAAUAUUUAAGCAAGUAAGAAAAAGCAUUGUUGUCCUUGUUUUAGCUAUGUAUAACUUGAUAGUUGAUAUUUAUUUGUUUGUCCGUAAUGUGCAGAUAAAACUUUUGUUUCAAACUGGCUUUGACGAGGCAGAACUAAAAAGCUACUUACCAGUCAUUCAUGCUAAUGUGUAUCAGACAAUAAAAUUACUGAAUGAUGGAUCAAAGGAAUUUGCCCAGAAUGAUGCUGAUUUUUCAAAGUAUGUUAUAUCCGAUGAAAAUAAGGAAAUAGGGGAAAAGUUAUCGGAAAUUGGAGGCAGGUUGGAUUACCCAGAUCUCACCAAGGAACUUGCUCAAGAAAUUGAAAAUCUGUGGAAGGAUCCUGCAAUUCAGGAGACAUAUGCCCGUGGCAGUGAGCUUCAAAUUCCAGAGUGUACUGAUUAUUUCAUGGAAAAUUUACAAAGGUUGUCCGACGCAAAUUAUGUUCCAACAAAGGAGGAUGUUUUGUAUGCUAGAGUGCGUACCACUGGGGUUGUAGAGAUCCAGUUCAGGGAGGAGUCACAUCUAGAUAUAUUAGAGGAAAGGAUUGCCCAACAUAUAAAGCCGUUCCUAGAUAGUUGUCCUAUCGAUAUAGAGUCAUCUUAUGAAGUUGGCCAGCUAGAGAAAGAGGUAUUGCAUGACUUCCCUAAUUUCUUUGCCAUGAACCCUCUAUCCCAUCCUGUUGGGGAAAAUAAGAAAAGUGGUGAAGUUUAUAGACUCUUUGAUGUUGGUGGCCAGAGAAAUGAAAGGAGAAAGUGGAUCCAUUUGUUUGAAGGAGUUUCAGCUGUAAUAUUCUGUGCUGCAAUUAGCGAGUAUGAUCAAACACUUUUCGAGGACGAAAACAGAAACAGAAUGAUGGAGACUAAGGAACUUUUCGAGUGGGUCCUGAAGCAACCAUGUUUUGAGUUUGACAUAUUUGAGAAGAAGAUCCUGAAAGUCCCACUUAAUGUAUGUGAAUGGUUCAAAGAUUACCAACCUGUUUCAACAGGGAAACAAGAGAUUGAGCAUGCAUACGAGUUUGUAAAGAAAAAGUUUGAGGAAUCAUAUUUCCAGAGCACUGCUCCUGAUCGCGUAGAUCGCGUCUUUAAGAUCUACCGGACCACUGCCCUUGAUCAGAAGGUUGUGAAGAAGACUUUCAAGCUUGUUGAUGAGACUUUGAGGCGGAGACAUCUCUUUGAGGCUGGCUUAAAAGAUUCCAAAGGUCAUAAACGUCAUCCAGUCUUUUUCAAGGUCAUUUUGGGUCGAAAACGGUGGGCCAUGGAAACUUCUCAACCGUCCAAUGCACAAAAAGUGCUUCAACAAUUUCCCCCUUUUCCACUUAUACCCUCUAAAGAUCGCUUUAGCGUUGAAUCAUCCCUGACUUCGCCCCUUUCCCUGUCCAAAGCAUAUUCCCGGUCUCUUGUUUAA